AAUUAAAUCGCACCCAAUUAACGUCGAAUUAAAAUCGUUAUUGUGUUAAUAAUCGAGAGAUAAAUUACUAGAGAUUAAAGAUCGAUGGUUAAUUGAGCGAUUAUGCUGGGAAUCAUCAUACGUGGUAUUUUCAUUUGUAGUAUCCUCUAUUGGUACAGUACUACUAUUUGGAAAAUGAUCGAUGGCUAUUUCAGAGAUCAAUUUAAAAGUUACUUGGAGGAGGAGUAUAAAAAGAAUCCGAAAAUGAAAUCGGACGUUCGGGUCGAGGAUAAUAAAAAGAACAGUGCAUCGAUAAUCGUUGAAUCUCCUCGCGAUUCGCUUAAUUUAAGCAACAGUUCCACGAUAACUAAUGAAAUGAAUGAAACUGACGUGGGAAAUAAGAUUAGCGAAAGUAGUAAAGGGGAUGAGAUAUUAAAGGAACCUUCGGAGAGUGAUAAAAAAUUCCUGGACACUGCGAGUGAAUCAGAAUUGAAAACUAAUGGAAAGGAAGAUGAAAAUCGAGAGGCUACUGAUAAUUAUGUUAAAGCAAUCGAUGAUAAAUCGAAUGAUAUUCCUCUAAAAACCGAAGAAUUAGACUCCUUAAAAUCGAAUAGAAUGAAAUUCAGGAAUAACAAAGUUAACAAAGAUUCCAAAGAGAUUUUCAAUAAAAAUCGAGUGUCAAAAAAAAAGGAGACCGUCAGAUUGAACGAGAAGAGUCAUGUUUCGAACGAUUACGAUGAUUUUUGGGAAUUUGAAGAAGACGCGGAUGAGAAGAAGGAAUCUAGGGAAGGAAUUUUAAUUUCCGAACUGCCUUUCAAACCAAAAUUGGAUUUAGGAGACUUGGAAAGGGUCAACAAAGAUGAAUAUUGCCCAUUGAGCUUGGAAGACGAAGAACCCUGCGAGAAACUAUAUAAAUGGCCCUAAUUAAAUAACAAAUGACACAUUACGAUAUUAUAUAAUAUGUAGCGCAUGUAUUGGAAAAAAUUCAAUUAUUCUUAUUAUGUCAUACAAGACGAAACAACUAUGUAUCGUAUCAUAGACUAUAUUGUACUGUAUAAGGCCCCAAAAAGGCCCAAAUUAUUUUUAUCGAAUACAUAAAAAUUAAAUCGAUCCUCUAAUCAAUUUUAAAUUAAAUGUAUCCGAAAAAAAGAUACAAUUAUUAUAAAUUUUGCAUUCAUAGAAUGUUAGGGCCUGACUUAGGGCCCAAAAUUAACCUCAAACCUCCCGACUGACUUGUUCGACGAAAGGCCACUGAACUUGUAUAAUAAAAAAGUACCGACUCACCUAAA